AUGUGCAAGUCACGCUUUAGCGCUGAGCGUAUAGAGCGUUUGGACCGUAUGAUAGAAGCGGCCAACGCGACUAUGUACUCAAAACUGGCUAACUGUGUGCUCGAUUUGAAGAAACAGGACACUAAAGAAGUGAAGAAGAAAAAAGGCUGGACCGAGAGCGAGUGGAAGAAACAUAUGGAUUAUAUUAGUCAGAUAGCAGGACCCAGAAAGGACUUUAGACCACCGCCGUUAACGAGGGGUCCGCGCAAGCCUCUCGAAGCGCUCUUGCCACGUCUCAACCAGAUUAGCGAGCUGCCAAAAUUCAAGAUAUACAGGAGGCUGUCGCAGGAAUCAAACUACAGAGACCCGAUUAAGGUGCCGCCAAAUGCUUUGAAAUACAUUAUAUCGGACAGAAUUAAAAAGCUAGCUAUUCCGAGAGUUAUCCCGACUUAUGGCGAC